CCCGCACCGGCGCUGACUGCUCCACAGCACUCUCUCAGGCGGAGAGAAGCCGUGCAAGGUCCAGCAACACAAUGCUAUUCGGAUCUUAAACUCUGCGUUCAUCUACUGCAAAAAAGAGAAAAGACACAUUCAUAGAGAGACUUUUACCCCCUCCUCGGACUGAAUCUACGGGAGAGACUACGCGGAUAGAGGAAGAAACAGACCCAGAGAGAAAGAGAGGGAGGCAGCAAGCGACAGAGAGAGUGUGUGAGAGAGCGACGGGAGGAGACAACCUCGGAUUGUGGAAUAAAACAAUUGCCGGACCUGCAGAGAUUAGAAGAGGAUUGCGUUAUUCUCUGAAUAACCAAAUCUGCCAUACAACUUUAUUUUUGACAGAUCAAAAUGUCAACACCGCAAAAAGACAACACCGCAGCUCAACAUGCCAAUUACGUGGGACCAUAUCGCCUGGAGAAGACACUGGGAAAAGGACAGACAGGCUUGGUGAAGUUGGGAAUACACUGUGUCACGUGUCAGAAAGUUGCCAUAAAGAUUGUGAAUCGAGAGAAGCUGAGUGACUCGGUUCUUAUGAAGGUGGAGCGGGAGAUCGCCAUUCUGAAGCUAAUAGAACACCCACACGUUUUAAAGUUGCAUGAUGUCUACGAAAACAAGAAAUAUUUAUAUUUGGUUUUAGAGCACGUUUCUGGCGGGGAGCUCUUCGACUACCUGGUAAAAAAGGGCAGGUUAACCCCUAAGGAGGCCAGGAAGUUCUUCCGACAGAUCAUCUCAGCGCUGGACUUCUGUCACAGUCACUCCAUAUGCCACAGGGACCUAAAGCCAGAGAACCUGUUGCUAGAUGAGAAGAACAACAUCAGGAUAGCAGACUUCGGCAUGGCCUCCCUGCAGGUUGGGGACAGUCUCCUGGAGACCAGCUGCGGUUCCCCACACUACGCCUGCCCUGAGGUCAUUAGGGGAGAGAAGUACGAUGGGAGGAAAGCAGAUGUAUGGAGUUGUGGAGUCAUCCUCUUUGCACUCCUGGUGCUGGAGAAGCUGGAUUUAUCCGCUGCUGCACUCUCUGUGCUUGACAACCAGGAAAAGAUGAUCUACUACCUGCUCCUGGACCGCAAGGAGAGGUAUCCCAGCCACGAGGACCAGAACCUGCCCCCUCGCAACGAGAUUGAUCCCCCCAGGAAGCGUGUGGACUCCCCGAUGCUCAACCGGCAUGGCAAGCGGAGGCCAGAGCGCAAGUCCAUGGAGGUGCUGAGCGUGACAGACGGAGGCUCACCGGUACCCGCCCGCCGGGCCAUCGACAUGACGCAACACGGACAGAGUAAGAGUGUGUUCAGUAAAAGCUUGGAUAUCUCUGACGCCCAUCCCAAAUGCAGCAAAGAAGAAAGGUCGCGGUCCAUCAGUGGAGCAUCCUCUGGACUGUCCACCAGCCCCCUCAGUAGUCCCCGGCCUGUCAGGAAGUUCUGUGUCCCUCCCCAGUCCCUAGACAUUUCCCAGACCACCAUAAACUCCAGCAGUACCACCGAGUCCCCUGAACCCCAGCCACAGCCGAACCGGACGGGUGCCCGCUCCCCAACUCCCAACUCCCUCCAACCCACCUCCCCCAACUCCCUCCAACCCACCCCCAACUCCCUCCAACCCACCCCCAACUCCCUCCAACCCACCUCCCCCAAAUCCCUCCAUCUUACCUCCAACUCCCUCCAACCUAUCUCCAACUCCACCAAACCUACCUCCAACUCCCUCCAACCAAUCCCCAACUCUCUCCAACCUACCUCCAACUCUCUGCUGCCCACCUCCACCUCCAACUCCCUCCAGCCCACGGCUAAUUCUCUCCAGCCUGAUCCCAAGACCCUGACCCUCCCAUCCAAGCCCAAGUUGACUGACAAGCCCCUGCAGGCCACUAAGUCCAACCCGCUGACGGAGACGAUAGCGGAGCAACUAUCGGCCGCCAAGUCUGAGCCCUCUACCCCGUGCCAGCCCCAACCCCCCAGCAUCCCCGGCAGCCCAGCCCAGUUGAGGCGGCGGUCUCCUGCCUCCGCCACCCCUCUCGCCCCCCAGGUCUCCGUGCCCCCUUCCUUCACUCCCGCUUCCCCCAUCCCGUCCAUCCGGCUGCACCACUUCCAUCCCGUGCCGACGUCUGACCACAGCACCAAAUCUAUCCCCACCAUACAGGUGACCCCUCACCCCUCCCCCCGAGGCAGCCCUCUCCCCACCCCCAAAGGGACCCCCGUGCACACCCCCAAGGAGAGCCCGGCCGGCACGCCCACCCCGACCCCCCCACCCAGUCCCUCCAUCGGCGGCAUGCCCUGGAGGACGCGCCUCAACUCCAUCAAGAACAGCUUCUUGGGAUCGCCGCGUUUCCACCGCAGGAAACUGCAAGUUCCCACACAAGAGGAGAUGUCCAGCCUGACCCCAGAGUCUUCCCCAGAACUUGCCAAAAAAUCUUGGUUCGGUAACUUUAUCAACCUGGAGAAAGAGGAGCAGAUCUUUGUGGUCAUCAAGGACAAACCCUUGAGCUCCAUCAAAGCGGACAUCGUCCAGGCCUUUCUCUCAAUUCCCAGCCUCAGCCACAGUGUGAUCUCCCAGACCAGCUUCCGGGCGGAGUACAAGUCCACGGCCGGCCCUACCGUCUUCCAGAAGCCCGUCAAGUUCCAGGUGGACAUCACCUACACUGAGAGCACAGCCGCCCAGAAGGAGAAUGGCAUCUACUCCGUCACCUUCACGUUGCUCUCAGGUCCGAGCCGACGUUUUAAGCGGGUUGUGGAGACGAUCCAGGCCCAGUUGUUAAGCACACAUGACCAGCCAGGAGUCCAGCAGCUGUCUGGCAGCCCAUUGAGUAACUUCUUUGACGUAAUUAAACAACUUUUUUCAGACGAGAAGAACGGCCAGGUGCCUCGCCCCUCACCUGGCACCCCCCACAGGCAUGCCCCCCCCAACAGCAGGACACAGGAGGCCGAGGUCCAUGAGACCAAGCACCCAACGGUGGGCAAAGACAAGGCCAACCUGGUGCCGUCUGUUGGGACGCAGGAACAGCCCUAGACGAGGAGUCUUAGCAGACUACCGCGCUAGAUUAAAACAAACAAGCAAAAAAAA